AGAAAGAGAAAUAGAGAUUCAGACAAAAGUAUCUCAGAAAAUUAGAGAAAAGUUCAGCCUAAUGUUAGUGCUUCCCUCCUUCUGAGCCUUUCUGCACUCAAUAUGAUCAGUGGAACCCUCUGCACCCGCCCCAUAAACUCAAAAUAUUCUACAGAUGUUUUAGUUCUUUAAUGAUCAUUUAACACAUUAAACAUCUCUCCAGCAUCGGCUCUUUACAGAGCAUUUGGCUAAACUAAUCCUUCUAACAUCCACCUUCGAGUAAAAGGAUAAAUUUAGAAUCCCGAGACUCUCCGGAAUAAACCAAACUGAAAGAAGACUCUGGGGGUAUGAGGGAGAGGAGGAGAGUGAGGAGAGCGCUGGCUCGGAUUUUAAGAAAGUCUAUCUCUUUUUCUGCAUCUGAGUAGGAUUCACUGAGCGCCCAAGCUCAUUUGGUAUUUUAAUUUCCUUUGUAAGACCCGCUCCAGUCCUCCCCUCGCUCCAGCCACCCCUUCCGACGCCAAAUACGGAUAAUCCUAACAAUACUAUUUUUGACUGACGUUGUUACAGAUUACGAUCCGGUAAUAUUACUAUGGGAAAAGUUUGUUUUAAUACGGGACCCCGGCUUGAGUUUUUUUAGCCUGCCGCAUACUAGAAAACUUUUGAUCAGAUUCCACUUUCUUGAACUCCGCCAUGUCUUUAAUUCGAAUUCCGCGGUUACUUGGAAAGGGCUUUUCAGGCGUGACAAAAUUUCCACCGCCGUCCUCGCUUUACAAUUGGGUCUCGGAGGGUUGUUCACAGUUGAUAAAUAGUGGGAAGUCGUUUACAAGCUGCAGUAGCCUCUGGUUACCUGCCAAACGGGCAGCUUCCUCCAUGGCCGUGACCCUGAACUUGACUCCAGGACCUAGCAGCCAGUGGGACGAGCCGGUGGCGAUCUCGGUACACGGUCUGGCCCCAACCCAGCAGGUCACCCUGCGCGCCUGUCUCCGCGAUGAGAAAGGGGAGCUGUUUGAGUCCUCUGCCCACUACCAGGCGGACGAGGGUGGGCAGCUGGACCUAGAGAAGGCGCCUGCCCUUGGGGGCAGUUACAGCGGCGUGGAGCCUAUGGGGCUCUUCUGGGCCCUGCAGCCCCAGAAGCCCUAUUGGCGGUUGGUGAAGCGGAACGUGGAGACGCCUUUUCGUGUGGACCUGGAGGUGUAUGAAGGUCACGACCCCCAGCCCACCAAGCUCCUGGCACAGGUAGCCCACGAGCGGAGCUUCCUGGGGCCAGGGGUGAGAAGGAUCCCGGUGCGAGAGGGCAGCGUGAGGGGCACUCUCUUCCUGCCUCCCGGCUCAGGACCCUUCCCUGGAAUCAUUGACCUCUUUGGAGCUGGAGGUGGCCUAUUUGAAUACAGAGCCAGCCUAUUGGCUAGACAUGGUUUUGCUAUGCUGGCCCUGGCAUAUUAUGGCUUUGAAGACCUCCCCAAAGACAUGACAGCUUUUCAUCUGGAAUAUUUUGAAGAAGCUGUCCAGUACUUGAAAAAACACUCUCAGGUAAAAGGUCCAGGAGUUGGGCUGCUUGGAUUUUCUAAAGGGGGUGAUCUAUGCCUCUCCAUGGCCUCCCAUCUGAAAGACAUCACAGCUACUGCCACCAUCAAUGGCUCUUUGGCUAAUGUAGGGGCUGCGCUACACUAUAAGGGUAUGACCAUGCCCCCAUUGGGCAAUGAUGUAAAACGUGUCAAGGUCAUUGGAAAUGGGAUUAUAGAUAUCAUUGAUGCUCUCAACAACCCUUUAGAAGAACCGAACCGUAAAAGCUUAAUUCCAGUGCAGAAGGCAGAUUGUUGCUUCUUGUUUCUUGUUGGUCUGGAUGACCAUAACUGGAAGAGUGAAUUCUUUGCCAAUGAAGCUGCCAAAAUAUUACAAGCCCAUGGGAAGAAAAAACCUGAGAUUAUCUGUUACCCCGCAACAGGACACUAUAUUGAGCCCCCAUAUUUCCCUUUGUCCCACAUUUCCUUUCAUAAUUUGGUGGGCAGUCUUGUGACCUUUGGAGGAGAAAUUAAGGCCCAUUCUUUAGCCCAAAUUGAUGCGUGGAAACAACUCCAAGCCUUCUUCCACAAACAUUUAGGAAAUGAUCAGGGUAAAAAUUCCCCCAAAUUGUAACUCACCAUUCAGAAUUUAAAAUGGUAAAGGUUAAGGGUAUGUACUUAGGAGACACCAACUAGAGAGAUUACUUUUAUAAUAAUUAUUCUAAUUAACUAGAGUGGCAUUUUUUUCACUAUUAAUAUAAAAUUGAAAGUAAUUAUAAUUUUAAGAGCUCUCAAAGAUUUUAUUUAAAAUAAGCACUUUACUAUGUCAUUUUUCCCCAAUGAAUAAGAUAAUAUUUUUGUGAAAUAUAAGAAUGGUGAGAGAGUACAUAGGAUAUAAGCUCUAUAAACCUAUAGAAUCAGCCAGGAACCUCUUAGGCCUAUACAAGAUACCUAUAACUUUCCUAGAGAUAUUCUCUCUGUGCCUCAAAAAGUUAUCAGACCUUAAAAAUAACAAGAUUCUAGGUAUAAGAGCUAGUACCAGACUUGAUGUGCUGCUCAUUACAAAAGCCUUAUUUUUAUCUGUUUAUGGAAAUGGUCUAAGUAUGGCAUUUGAUCAUGUUAAGUGACUGUGAUAUACAGAAAAGUACAAAAAAAAGCAGAGCAUGAGAAAGUUUGGCCACUCCUUGAGCUUGACAGGUGGACCACCAAAGAGAAGCAAGGAAGCUGUACUCAUUUGAAUUAAAGAUGUAUCCUCACAACAUAUCCUUUCUCCUUUGAAUAUCUCCCUUCCCCCCUUUUUUAAUGGAUAUCUGUCAGCCCAUUUUGUUUCUAUCUCAAACCCUGAGGUACUAGACCAGUCUGGAUUUUUCCUGGUUACUAUAUGAGUGUGACAGUGAACAAAAGGACUCUUCCCCAGUCCUUACCUACUUGUGAGCCAAGAGAAGAUAGAAUUACAGUGUGGAAGAAGAAUGCCCUAUCAUGAUCACCUUGGUGUCUUAGUUGUUGUUCCCCUGCCUCCUACUUUCUAUGUUCCUUUCCUCAAAGGAACUUACUCCAUGCAUUCAUUUACAUAACUUGAACCUAUUCUAUACUAAUAUAUAACAACCCACCUCUACAUCCCUAAGGUCUCUAAUUGUCUGUAAAAUUAAAAUUUGAUUUUAAUUCUAUUUUGCUAAGACUUAAUCAAGUUAGAUUCAAUAUUCCCUCUCAUAGUUCCUUCCCCUCUUAAAUUUCACCCAUUAUCCAUAUCCCUGGAGAAAUUUGUUUAAAGGUCAAGCUACCUCUAACUUUGUAACCCUACCCAUUACCCACUUUAGAAACUUGAUAAACCUGAAAGGUCAAAUCUCAUUAAUUUUAACUAUUGUUUUUUAUUCAGUUCCUACUUAGGGUUUUCUUGGCAAAGAUAUGAAAAUGAUUUGCCAUUUUUUCUCCAUCUAAUUGUGCAGAUGAAGAACUGAAGCAAAUAACAAUUUAUUUGCUCAGAAUCACAUGGCUAAUAAAUGUCUAAAAUCAAAUUUGAA